ACGUACAAGACAGAAUUGAAAGACUGGCGCAUGGGCCAGGCCAUUACCAAGCAGCAAAUUGCUGGAACGAUUCCAGACUCCCUGUUCAUACAGAUCAAAGGUCUUGCAACUGUGAAGGAAAUUUUCACGCAUCUCUCAAGCCUAUUUGAACAAUGUUCACACAUG